AGGCGCACGGCGGGGAAAUGCAGGCAAAGACGGCCCGGCAGCACCACCACGGCCCUGCGCGGCCGUUGCGCGGCGGGCCCGGUAUGACCGCGACCGUGUCACCCGAUCGGCGGAGCUGCCCACGGGACGCCGCGAUCCGACACUCGUUCUCUCGGCGUCCGGAGCCCGCCCCGGCCUCCCCGGCGUGAGGCAGGCCCAUGCGGGGAGGAGGCGGUGCCGCGAGGCCCAGCCAGGGACGAGGAGGAAGCGAGCACUGAGGCAGCGGCGGUGGUGGUUAGCCGGAGCUGCCUCGCCUGAAAAAGCUGAGCGGGGAGGGAGCCGCGGGCUGAUACCGCUGCGGCCCCAGCGGAGCGGUGCUGGCAGGGGGCACGGACUGAGCCCGUCCUGGGAGCAUGCGGCGGCAGGAGGAGGAAGAGUGAAGAGCCGUGGCAGCGCCUCCGCUGAGAGCGGUCUCCGGGAGGAAGAUGGAGCCUUUCCCCAGCGUGCCUCCCCUGUCUUCUACCUCUUUUGCUGGCCAUGCAGCUGCACAUGCCAUGGCUGGGGUUGGAGCUCUGUACUGAUUGACUGCUACCUUUUGGAGUGGUUAAGAUAUCGAAUCCAGUUACCCAGGAAUGUGAUUGAAAACAGUAUGUUUGAAGAGGAGCCUGAUGUGGUUGACCUAGCAAAAGAGCCUUGUUUACAUCCACUGGAGCCUGAUGAAGUGGAAUAUGAGCCAAGAAGCUCCCGUCUCUUGGUGCGUGGCCUUGGAGAGCAUGAAAUAGAUGAUGAUGAAGAGGAUUAUGAGUCAUCAGCAAAAUUGUUGGGGAUGUCCUUCAUGAACAGAAGCUCAAAUCUGCAGAAUAACAGGUCUGCAUAUAGACAAAAUCCAAAUGGAUCAUGCUCAGUGCCCUCUACAAGGACCAUGGUAGUUUGCACAGUUGUUUUUGUGAUUGCAUUUUCAUUAAUUAUAGUGAUUUAUCUUCUUCCCAAGUGUACUUUUACCAAAGAAGGCUGCCAUAAAAGAAAUCAUACAAUGGAACUAAUAUAUCCUUUGGCAACAAAUGGAAAACUAUUUCCAUGGGCAAAACUUAGACUUCCUCCUGAUGUUGUACCACUGCACUAUGAUCUUGUCUUGCAGCCAAAUUUGACUACUCUGAAAUUUGCAGGCUCUGUAAAAAUAGUGGUCAACAUCCUCCAUGUAACUCGGAAGAUUGUACUUCACAGCUCAGGACUUAAUAUCAUCAAGGCAACAAUUACUUCAGCACAAGGACAGCAAGCAAAGGCUGUUGAAUUCCUGGAAUAUCCAUUGCAUGACCAGAUUGCACUCAUGGCUCCGGAGGCUCUCCUUGCAGGACAGAAUUAUACUGUCAACAUGGAAUAUUCAUCUAAUUUAUCAGACACCUACUAUGGCUUCUACAAAAUUUCUUACAAGGAUGAGAACUCUAAGCAAAGGUGGUUUGCAGCAACUCAGUUUGAACCUCUGGCAGCAAGGUCUGCUUUUCCAUGCUUUGAUGAACCAGCACUUAAAGCUACUUUUUUAAUCAAGAUCAAAAGGGAUGAGAAACUUUCCACUCUGUCAAAUAUGCCAAAGAAAGCUACUACACCUGUGACAGAUGGAAUUGUUCAGGAUGAGUUUUUUGUGAGUUUGAAGAUGAGCACCUACCUAGUAGCUUUUGUUGUUGCAGACUUGAAAAACAUCAGCAGGGAAACUAAUGGGACUGUGGUAUCUGUCUAUGCCAUACCGCAGCAUCUAAGCCAAGUUGGGUAUGCCCUAGACACAGCAGUGAAGCUUCUGGAAUUUUACCAAAAAUACUUUUUUAUGAAAUACCCUCUUGAAAAAUUAGAUCUGGUAGCAAUUCCUGAUUUUCAGUCUGGUGCAAUGGAAAACUGGGGCUUGAUUACCUUCCGAGAAACAACACUCUUAUUUGACAACAAUACUUCUUCAGUGAGGGAUAAAAAGCUAAUAACUGCAGUGAUAGCACAUGAGCUUGCCCAUCAGUGGUUUGGCAAUCUAGUAACUAUGGAAUGGUGGAAUGAUCUCUGGCUGAAUGAGGGAUUUGCCACGUUCAUGGAAUACUUUGCCAUGGAAGAGGUUUUUCCAGAAUUAUGUUCAGAUGAAGAUUUCCUUACUUCAAUUUUCAAGGCUAUGAUGAAAGAUGCCUUGAAUUCUUCACAUCCAAUCUCUUCUGCAGUUCAGUCUUCAGAGCAAAUUGAAGAAAUGUUUGAUGCUCUUUCUUACAUCAAGGGGGCUUCACUUCUUUUGAUGCUGAAGCAUUAUCUCACUAAGGAUGUUUUCCAAGCUGGCAUUGAGGUAUACUUGCAUAAUCACAACUAUGGAACUGCCCAGAGUGAUGACCUGUGGGACAGCAUGAAUGAGAUUACCAAUGGAACACUAGAUGUAAAAAAAAUUAUGAAGACUUGGAUUGUGCAUAAAGGAUUUCCUUUAGUCACUGUUGUCCGAAAGGGAAAGAUUAUUUCAGUACAACAAGAGAAAUUUUUAUAUCGUGUGGAACCAGAAAAUUGGACAUCCGAUGCAAGUUACCUGUGGCAUAUUCCUCUCACUUACAUAACAAAUAGGUGCAACUUCACCCAUUGCACUAAUGCAUAUUUACUGGACCAGAAGUCAGCUGUCAUUGAACUUCCAGAAGAGGUGGAAUGGAUAAAAUUCAACGUGGACAUGAAUGGCUAUUACAUAGUACACUAUGCUGAAGACUGGAAAACGCUGAUUGAUCUCUUGAAAAAAAACCACACUGCUCUGAGUCCUAAAGACAGAGCGAAUUUGAUCAACAAUAUCUUCAACCUUGCACGUCUAGGAAGAGAGUCCCUGGAAAAGGCCUUUGAGUUGAUUGAUUACCUCAACAAAGAGAACAGCACUGCGCCACUUACUCAAGCUUUGUUUCAGCUGAGUCUUAUAUACAGCCUUUUAGACAAAAAGGGUGAACAACAACUGGCAGCACGAGUCAUGCAUAGGAUAGAGCACUUGCUUGGAGAUAAAAUGGAUCAACAGUACUGGACAGAUGAUGGGACCCUGUCUGAACGAGAGCUCCGGUCAACACUGCUGGCUUUUGCCUGCACCCAUGAUAUAAGAAACUGUAGGACAACUGCUGCUAAGAUGUUUGAGACAUGGAUGAAGUCGAACGGAACAAUAAGUCUGUCUAGUGAUGUUAUGAAAGCCAUAUUUGCAGUUGGAGCCAAGUCUGGUGAUGGCUGGGAAUUCCUCCUGAAGAUGUACUUUUCUUCAGUUUCUGAAGCAGAGAAAAGCAAAAUGAUUGAAGCCUUGGCCAGCACAGAAGAUGCCAGAAAGCUGAUAUGGCUAAUGCAGAACAGUCUUGAAGGAGAAGUCAUCAGGUCACAGGAGCUUUCACAUAUCAUAGCAACCGUUAGCCAGAGUUUGCCUGGAUAUUUACUGGCCUGGGACUUCGUCAAAGAGAACUGGGAAAAGCUUAUACGAAAGUUUCACCUAGGCUCAUAUACUAUUCAGAAUAUCAUUACCUGGUCAACUUCGCAGUUUGCAACGAAGGCACAUCUGCUUGAGGUCAAGUCAUUUUUUGAGUCAAAAUCAGAGGAGAGUUCUCAACUGCAUUGUGUAAAAGAGGCAAUUGACACAAUUCAGCUCAAUAUCCAGUGGAUGGAGAGAAACUUGGCAAAGCUACAAGAACUGCUGUAGUGCAUAUAAUACUGUGCUGUGUCAGCCAUUUAGGAGCUCUGUGAGCAGUUAUUGUGUUUCAUUUGGAAAAGCCAGGGUGAAACCAGGCAUCACUGCAACAUUGCACUAUUAAGGAAUUUAGAUAGCUCAGGGCAUGUCUCAGAAAAAUUUUUAUUUUCCUUGAAGCAUUUUGAGCAAUAUGUAAGUAUUUACCCUGAAACUCUUUUAAUCUAUAGACCAAACAUCUGCACAAAUGAUUAAAUAUAAUUUUAUAUAUGAAACUUAUGCCCUUUCUUUUGGAGUUGUGUUAUAGUUUCUUGGCAGUGGGUUAAUACUGACAGGUAAGAAAGAAAGAGUUACCGUGAGCUGUUACUUCUUUGCAGACUGCUUACUGAGCAGUAGAUUUUUUCUUAAUGCAAAACUGUAUGUGGUUUCCACAUUUGUAGAUAUAGAAGCUGUUGUGAAACAGAAUUAUAUUUCAGAUAUGUAAGUAGUAGUGAAUGUUACGAAGUUCAAGAGGCAAAAUAAAUACAAUUCCAAUUUGA